AUGGUUUCCCUCAAGAUUCUCAUCGCCGUCCUACCUUUGGCCACAGCCAUGCCCUCCCUCCUCACGUCGUCUCUGGAGGCGCGAGCCUGCGUGCCUCCUUCCAACUGCGGCGCUCCCAUCGACGUCUGCGAGUUCUGCUGCGCCUCUACCGUCGUCCCCAACAGCGCUCUUUCACUAAGAGCUGACGACACCGCCGUCCCCAUUACCAGCGCAUCCCUCGACUUUGGCCACUCAUCGGAGUACCCUGUGAGCCAAGACAACAUGGACCAGAAGACUGCGGCUUGA